AUGUCGCCUUCCAACCACAAACAAACGCUCCGUAAGGACUAUCCAUGGACAACUUAUCCGCUUAUAUCAUCUGCUCCUAUGCGCUUAAUAUCAAAACCUGCCUUAGCUUUAGCUGUUUCUAGAGCUGGUGGUUUAGGUUUUCUUGCUGCUGGUACCGACCUCUCCACCCUUUCGGAUGAAAUCAGAGAGAUUCAGGAUUCUCUCAGAGACGAGCCUAUUCCCGGCAGUUAUCGAGAUACUCUCCCCAUAGGAAUAGGUUUCAUAGUCUGGGGCUGCGAUCUCGAGCACGUUCUGUCGAUUCUUGCUCCGCUCCCCUUGCCACCUUCAGCAGUAUGGCUGUUCGCACCAAAUACUGGCUCAGACUUGCAAGAAUGGACGGAAUCGAUCCGGAAGCUCACGGGCAAUCUCACUAAGAUAUGGAUUCAAGUUGGUAGCGUCGCGUCUGCAAUAUCAGCUGCUCACUAUUGUGAUCCCGAUGUUCUCGUUAUUCAGGGUUCCGAUGCCGGCGGUCACGGCCUCGCUCAUUCCUCCUCGAUCGUCUCCCUGCUUCCCGAAUGUACAUCUGCAUUACGCUCAAGCGAAUACUCCCACAUACCUCUUAUCGGCGCCGGCGGAAUCGUCGAGUCACGUGGAGCUGCUGCCGCAUUUAUGUUAGGCGCUAGUGGGAUAUGUAUGGGUACACGAUUUUUAGCUUCUUCGGAGGCAGUGAUUCCCACGGGCUACAGAAACGCGAUCUUGGCAGCACAGGAUGGUGGUAUAUCAACCACGAGAACAACACUCUAUGACAAAUUGAGAGGAACAGCAGGCUGGCCAGAAGAAUACAAUGGGAGGGCAGUGGUUAACAGGAGUUUCUGGGAUGAAAUGAAUGGUAUGAGCAUUGAGCAGAACAGAGAACUUUAUGAAGCAGAAGCGAAGAAAGGAGACGAGGGGUACGGAAACAAAGGACGACUGUGUACAUACGCAGGCAGUGGGGUUGGUUUAGUCCGAGAGACUAUGGAUGCUAGAGAUAUUGUGAUGGAGGUGAGGGAGGGAAUGAGGAAACUGAUUAGAGAAGGAUCAAGUCGCUUGUAA